CAUCAGGAUCAAUCGCCUCACGCUUUCGGUUCCUAAUCCAACCACCUCCACCAUCACCUCCGUGCUCCCCGUGCCACGCUUGACGCUUCCCCUGUCCGUCCGAGAGCUCCACCAGCUAGCAGCCAUGGACGGCAAGGGCUACACCACACCGCCGACCGCGCCUGCGCCACAGGCCGAGGCAGGAGCGCCUCACUUCUAUCCCCCGACGGAGCACGGCACCGCGCCACAGCCGGGAUCGCAGGUCUCCUAUCCCCCGAUGCCAAAGGCCAUGGAUGGCCAGGACGCCGCCGCGCCACAGCCGGGAGCGCCGCCGCACCCGUCCUCCCCACUCACGCAGCAGGCCAUGGAGCUGGAGGGCAAGUACGCCGCCCCACAGCCGGGCACUGGAGCUACGCCGUCCCCCCUGACGCAGCAAGCCGUGGACGGCAAGGACGCCGCCCCGACACCGCCCGCCGAGUCGGCGCGGUGGGGUACGAGGCAGAUGGGUCCGCCAGCGGCGCCGGGGGCGCAUCCCGAGAACCAGCAGGCAGCGCAGUGGACGGCCACGCGCGGGGACCAGGAGCUGCCGCCGUACGUCAUAAUGGGGGCACCGGAGCCGGCGCCGGCGGCGUCGGCGCGGCGGACUGACAAGGAGGCCAGGGACAGCCCCAUGGAGCACAUCCUCGACUUCUUCAACACCUGGAGCCGCAAGGCCGAGGAGCUCUCCUCCAACAUCUGGCUCAACCUGAAGACGGCGCCGUCCAUGUCGGACGCGGCGAUGGGGAAGCUGAGCCUGGGGGCGAAGGCGAUCACGGGGGGCGGCUUCGAGAAGCUCUACAAGCAGACCUUCGGCUCCGGCCCCGACGAGCACGUGAAGAAGACGUUCGCCUGCUACCUCUCCACGGCCACGGGCCCCGUCGCCGGCACGCUCUACCUCACCAACACCAACGUCGCCUUCUGCAGCGACCGCCCGCUCUCCUUCGCCGCGCCGUCCGGCCAGACCGCCUGGAGCUACUACAAGGUCAUGAUCCCGCUCGCCAAGCUCGCCGCCGUCGAGCCCGUCACGGCCAAGGAGAGCCCGCCCGAGAGGUACAUCCACAUCGUCACCGUCGACGCGCACGACUUUUGGUUCAUGGGCUUCGUCAGCUACGACAAGGCCGUGCGCCAUCUGGGCGGGGCCGUCUCCUCGUCGCAGCACCACGGCGCCGCGCCGGCGCCGGCGCCGGCACCGACCUACGAGUGAUCGGCUGAUUGCCGCCGUGUACGUGUGUCCGUGGCUCUCUGCUUUUGAUUGCCGUGUGUGUGCUCUGCUUUUUGCGCGGAUCUGUUUAGUGAGUGCUUGUGUAGUGGAUGUCCGUGUGAUUAUGUAUUGUUGUCUAUACGCUUUUGUCGAAAUUUAACGCGAUCUUCUUAAUUUCCUUCAAA